UCUGCAGAAGGUUUGCCAUGACCCCCCACCAAGAACGGGGUGCAUAAAGUGGGACUCCUUCCCCAUGCCCCUCCCGUGGUCAGCACCCCAAUGGCCUGGGUGAGGGCGGACUGGCUGCUCUAACACCAUGGGGAGCUGCUGCAGCUGCCUGAACAGGGACAGCGUGCCAGACAACCACCCCACCAAGUUCAAGGUGACCAAUGUGGAUGACGAGGGGGUGGAGCUGGGCUCUGGGGUGAUGGAGCUGACGCAGAGCGAGCUGGUGCUGCACCUGCGUCGGCGUGAGGCCGUCCGCUGGCCCUACCUCUGCCUGAGGCGCUACGGCUAUGACUCCAACCUCUUCUCCUUCGAGAGUGGCCGCCGUUGUCAGACGGGCCAGGGAAUAUUUGCCUUCAAAUGCUCCCGAGCUGAAGAAAUUUUCAACCUCCUUCAGGACUUGAUGCAGUGCAACAGCAUCAAUGUGAUGGAAGAGCCAGUCAUCAGCACCCGCAACAGCCACCCCACGGAGCUCGACCUCCUGCGGGGCCCGCAGCCGCCCAGCGCUCUAGGCUACAGCGUCUCCAGCUUCUCCAAUGGCUUCCCUGGCUGCCCUGGCGAGGGCCCCCGAUUCCCAGCAGCCCCACAGCCCUCAACAAGCAGCCUGCGGCACCCCUCGCUCGGGGAAGAGUCCCAUGCACUCAUUGCCCCUGAUGAGCAGUCCCAUACCUACAUCAACACCCCUGCCGGCGAGGAGGACCACCGCCGGAGUCGCCACUGCCUGCAGCCCCUGCCUGAGGGCCGGGUCCCCUUCCCUGCUCAGGCCCAGGGCCCCGAGCAGCGGGACCCACAGGUGUUCCUGCAGCCGGGCCAGGUGAAGUUUGUGUUGGGCCCGACCCCUGCUCGGCGGCACAUGGUCAAGUGCCAGGGGCUCUGCCCCAGCCUGCGUGAUCCCCCUCACCACAAUAACAAUGAGGGCCCCUCUGAGUGCCCUGCCCAGCCCAAGUGCACCUACGAGAACCUCGGCAGCUGUGGUGGGGGGCUGAGGCGAGGGGCUGGCUGGAGACUGAGCCCGGAGGAGCCGGGCUGGAAUGGCCUGGCCCAGCGCCGGGCCGCCCUGUUGCACUAUGAGAACCUGCCACCGCUGCCCCCAGUGUGGGAAGGCCAAACGCAGCAGCUUGGGGGUGAGGCUGGGGACGAUGGGGACUCGAGGGAUGGGCUCACGCCGUCCUCUAACGGCUUCCCCGACGGUGAGGAGGACGAGACCCCCCUGCAGAAGCCCACCAGCACUCGGGCCGCCAACCACAGCCAUGGCAGCUUCCCUGUGCCGCUAACACGCCGCCGUGGCUCCCCAAGGGUCUUCAACUUUGAUUUCCGCCGCCCCCCGGGCCCCGAGCCCCCACGGCAGCUCAACUACAUCCAGGUGGAGCUCAAGGGCUGGGGUGGGGACCGCCCCAAAGGCCCCCAGAGCACCUCGGUUCCCCAGUCCCCUCUGCCCACUGCACACCCUGCCCGCAGCUCAGACUCCUAUGCCGUGAUUGACCUCAAAAAGACCGCGGCCAUGUCCAACCUGCAGAGGGCCCUCCCCCGGGACGACGGCACAGCCAGGAAAACCCGGCACAACAGCACCGACCUGCCUCUGUAGGGACACCCCGUCAUCAUUGCCCUGCGCCCCACCGCGGCCCAGCCCCCGCCUCACACUCCUGCCCUGGGCUCAGGGCCGCUUUGCCAAGGUCUCGAGGGGGGACCAGACGCUUCUCUGCGCUGCCUGGAGUCCCCAAAGACGUCAGCCACCAUGGCUCCUGGUCUCCCGUGCUGGAGAGAGGAGGGAUGACCGGGCGAGGAAGACACCUCGCUGCAAACUGUGAAGGCUCUUCCCGAUCGCAUUCCCCACCCCCAGCCCCCCGGUGGCCGUGUCCCUCAGCUGUCUGUGUGAGUUCUUUCCGUUGGAACUUUGAGACAUUUUGUACCUGUUGAUUUUAUUUAUCAGUUUAUUUUUCUAUUUAUU